GUUUUUUUUUUGGGCCACGCCUCUCUCAAGCCCCUUCUUAUCUCUCUUUCUCUCACACACACAUACCACCACACCAGCAAAGCAAAAGCGUUAAUAUCUCUCAUCUCUCUCUCUAUUUUUCUCUUUGCCUCCUUAGUUUUCUUCUGGGAAAACCCUAACCCUAAAGAAAAUCGCUAUGAAAGGCGGUAAGUCUAAGGCUGACACCAGAAAAACCGACAGCAGGCUGAGAAGUAAAACUGCUGCAGCGGGAAAGAAACCAUCGAAGAAAGCCGCAAAAGAUCCAAACAAGCCGAAGAGGCCUGCGAGUGCCUUCUUCGUUUUCAUGGAGGAGUUUAGGAAGCAAUACGCAAAAGAGCAUCCCAAUAACAAGGCCGUGUCCGCGGUCGGUAAAGCUGGAGGAGAAAAAUGGAAAUCGCUAUCUGAAGCUGAGAAAGCUCCUUAUGUAGCCAAAGCAGAGAAGAGGAAGACCGAGUACAACAAGAGCAUGCAGGCUUACAAUAAGAAAUUGGCUGAGGGAGGAAACGGUGCGGAUGAGGAAGAGUCUGACAAGUCCAAGUCCGAAGUGAACGAUGAGGAGGACGAAGAGGAUGAGAGCGGAGAGGAGGAAGAUGACGAUGAAGAGUAGAUGAAAGCGCGGGGGGAUGAGCAAUUGGUGUAGUGAUUGCUUAGGACUACUUGCAAUUUCAGAUUCACUCUUUUGUCUAAUAUCAUAAAAUAGCUACUUUUUAUUUCCUUUAAUGGUAGAAUUAGAUUAGAGAAAGAAGGGAUUAGUUUCAGGAUCUUCCUGUGUUCCCAUGUGGUUCUGUACCUAAUCUUUUCCUCCUUCAAUGAUUUAGCCUGAGAUAUUGCCUUCA